AUGGAGAGCCCGGCCAAGUAUUUGACCUCCGCGCAGGAGAACCCGGCCAAGUAUUUGACCUCCGCGCAGGAGAACCUGGUCAAGUAUCUGAUCUCUGCGCAGGAGAACCCGGCCAAGUAUUUGACCUCCGCGCAGGAGAACCCGGCCAAGUAUCUGAUUUCCGCGCAGGAGGCGAGCGACUCCGCGCCGAUGUGGAACAGCAGCGGCUCGGCGGCGACGGGCGACAACGGGCGUGACGUGGCGUCGCGCGCCGUGACGGGAUGCCUCCUGUUCCUCCUCAUCCUGUGGACGCUGCUGGGCAACAUCCUGGUGUGCUCCGCCGUGCUGCGCACACGCCACCUGCGCGCCAAAGUCACCAACAUCUUCAUCGUGUCGCUGGCGCUGUCCGACCUCUUGGUGGCCGUGCUGGUCAUGCCGUGGAAGGCCGUGGCGGAAGUGGCGGGCUACUGGCCCUUCGGCACCUUCUGCAGCGUGUGGGUGGCGUUCGACAUCAUGUGUUCCACGGCGUCCAUCCUCAACCUGUGCGUCAUCAGCGUGGACCGCUACUGGGCCAUUUCCAGCCCCUUCCGCUACGAGCGCAAGAUGACGGAGAGAGUGGCCUUCGUCAUGAUCGCCGUCACCUGGACUUUGUCGCUGCUCAUCUCCUUCAUCCCCGUGCAGCUCAACUGGCACCGAGCGGCGUCCGGGACGCUCAACUCCUCCUCCGAGAGCUGCGACUCCAGCCUGAGCCGCGAGUACGCCAUCUCCUCGUCCUUGGUCAGCUUCUACAUCCCCGUGGCCAUCAUGAUCGUCACCUACACGCGGAUCUACCGCAUCGCGCAGAUCCAGAUCCGCAGAAUCGCCUCGCUGGAGAGAGCGGCGGAACACGCGCAGAGUUGCAGGAGCGAGCGGGUGGAGUGCCAGCACCACAACACCCUGAAGACCUCCAUCCGGCGGGAGACCAAAGUCUUCAAGACCCUCUCCGUCAUCGUGGGCGUGUUCGUGUGCUGCUGGCUGCCCUUCUUCGUGCUCAACUGCAUGGUGCCCUUCUGUGAGCGCCCGCCCAGCGACCGCCACGCCGGCCUGCCCUGCGUCAGCGAGACCACCUUCGACGUCUUCGUCUGGUUCGGCUGGACCAACUCCUCGCUCAACCCCGUCAUCUACGCCUUCAACGCCGACUUCCGGAAGGCCUUCGCCGGCCUGCUGGGCUGCCGCCACUUCUGCUCCGGCACGCCGGUGGAAACGGUGAACAUCAGCAACGAGCUGGUGUCCUACAACCAGGACACCAUCUUCCACAAGGACGUGGCCAACGCCUACGUCAACAUGAUCCCCAACGUGGUGGAGUGUCUGGACCGCGAGGAGACCUUCGACCGGAUCUCGCAGUUCUCCGUCAACGACGACCACGCCAGCGACUCCGUGUGCGACCCGGAGGACUGCCGGGCCGUCAUCAGCCUGGACCGCAUGUCGCCGUUUACGCCCAACGGAUUACACUGACUCCCGCUACCCAUCAUGCCUCACUGCAGCAGGGGACCCCCUAAAGUGACGGACAGGAAGUGAAGCCCGGUGUAGUUGUGCCUGGAAACGUUACGAAAAGGCUUUCAUAUGGAAAUGUUGAGUCCUAACACAAACAAAAUGAAAUGUUAGAAAUGUUGAGUCCUAAAGUAAACAAAAUGAAAUGUUGAGUCCUAAAGUAAACAAAAUGAAAUGUUGAGUCCUAAAGUAAACAAAAUGAAAUGUUGAGUCCUAACACAAACAAAAUGAA